GGGUUUGGUAACUCUAAUCAGAUAUAUAUUAUGGAAAAAACUAAUGAAAAAAACUGUAAUUUUCCCACAUAUCGUCUUCAUUACUCAAUGUUUUUCACUGCCACGUAAAACUUUCUAGGUUGAGUGUUUUCUGUCAUUUUUUUAGCACCCAGCUUAAGAUUUCUCAGUUCUUAACUUUAUUGAUUUCAUUCUUUUAUAUAUACCAUCAAAAUAUUAGCCAAUAGAUUUAAAUCAUCUUUUUUGGUGUUAUUUAACAAAAAAAAGAUUAUGUAUUUAAGUAUAAUUAUACAGAUAGGGUUGCCAUGCUUUUGAAUGUGUGCCUCAAGUAACAGCUGUGAAGGCCGUUUCUUCCCUUUUGCUUUAGUAGUCAAGACCUCCAAAACGAAGGUGUGGGAGGCCUUAAGCUUUAGAGAUGAAAGAACAAAGAAAAAAGCCAAUUGGCCGGGUAGUUUUUUUUUUUUUACCUUUCUAUCUUUGUUUCUCUUUCUCUGUCUCUCUCUUAAACCGCCUAGCUACAUGUGCUACUUAAAUUUGCAAAGGCUUAAAGGCUAGGAAGGGCAGCUUUUCCUUUUUUUCUCACUUGGGCUUCAGUUAAAGUAAGCUCAGAGAGGGAAUUCUGGUGUUUUCUAAAUGGUAAAAGCAGGUUUAUAGAUCAAUCCCUGUGACAGUUUCCUCUUUUCCUCUCUCUCUUGAUUCUUCUUCUUCUGCUGUUUUCUUUCUUAUGAACCACUACUUCAAUUUUUCCUUGUGGGAAAAUAAAAAUAUCUUCUUUUGGAGCAUAUUUCUCAUCUGGGACUUGCCUAAAUUUCUUGUUUUUGGAUUGGUUUAGGUAAUAGUUUCAUACAGAAUAGCACCUUGUGUUGAUAAGACACAUGAGUAUUUAUAUAGGAAUAUAGAUAUGAAAAUUGAAAGCUGUCUCUUUUUUUUUUUUUUUGGGUUCUUUUUUCCCGUUUUCUGAGUUAAUUUAGAGGUUUUGAUAUGUUCUUCUUCCUCCUCCUCUUUGAUGUCUUCUUUUAGUGUGGAUAAAUAAGCUCUGAAGUUACAAAAAUCACAUAUUUUCAAUCAUUUAUUCAUUUAGUAACUAUGUAUCUUUUUUGUCAAAACCAUCAGUUUAUUUCCUUUUUUUUUCUAGUUUAAGGAAUAUCAGAUCACAAACAGGCUUAUAUAUGGUUAAUGGUUUUUGUUAUAUAGAGAAGCUAACUGGGAUAUGAGUAGUUGGCUGCUAUAUAAAGUUGGUUAUUUCAUAGAAGAUUUUAAGAGUUUGAGAGAAAGAAGAUAGCUUCUGCCGCACCGAAAAAAAAAGGAAAGGAAGCAAUGAAUCAGAGUAAUCUUGGCUCCGUCAGUAGCUCUGAUCUCAUCGAUGCAAAGCUUGAAGAGCAUCAGCUGUGUGGAUCCAAGCAGUGCCCUGGCUGCGGACACAAGCUUGAAGGAAAGCCGGACUGGUUUGGUCUACCAGCUGGAGUGAAAUUUGAUCCGACAGACCAAGAACUGAUAGAACACCUUGAAGCAAAAGUAGAAGCUAAAGACAUGAAACCUCACCCUUUGAUAGAUGAGUUCAUUCCUACAAUUGAAGGAGAAGAUGGGAUUUGUUAUACCCAUCCUGAGAAACUCCCAGGAGUAACCAGAGAUGGCUUGAGCAGGCAUUUCUUCCACAGACCAUCAAAAGCCUACACAACUGGGACAAGAAAAAGAAGGAAAAUUCAAACCGAAUGUGACUUCCAAGGUGGAGAAACAAGAUGGCACAAAACCGGCAAGACAAGGCCAGUCAUGGUCAAUGGCAAACAAAAAGGGUGCAAGAAAAUCCUAGUUCUCUACACAAAUUUUGGCAAGAAUCGAAAACCGGAGAAGACCAAUUGGGUCAUGCACCAAUAUCAUCUUGGUCAGCAUGAGGAAGAGAAAGAAGGAGAGCUUGUGGUGUCAAAGAUAUUUUAUCAGACUCAACCGAGGCAGUGCAACUGGUCUGAUCGAAGCGCAACAGUUGUUGAAGGUAGCAAUGAGCCGAAUAGAGGAAGAGAUUGUGGCAGUGGAAGUUGUUCUUCGAAGGAAGUAAUCCCUCUCAGAGAUGAAGUAUCUGGAGCUGGGGUUGCUACUGCUUUAUCAAGUUAUGCCGUUGCCAUGGAUAUGCAACAGUUAAAAUCGGAUGAUUUCAGUUUCACCCCAUUCAGGAAAAGCUUCGACGAGGUGGGGAUAGGAGAAGCUUCAGCAGCAAGCGAAGCCCCAGCACAAGGCACGUGCGAAGAGUUAUGCGAGCACCCGCAGCCACAUCAUAUGGCCCAUGAUCAUCAUCAUCAUCAGCAGCAACAACAACAACAGCAUCACACACAUCAUCAGAUUGCCACUACGGCCUUCCACAUCAACAGGCCUUCACAUCCCAUCUCCACCAUCAUCUCUCCACCUCCCCUCCACCACACCUCCAUGAUUCUUGAUGAGGACUCCUUCCAUGUCUCCAGAAUAAUGCUUCAAAAUGAAAUUUUCCAGCAACAGCAUCAAGAGCAACAGCAGCAGCAACAUCAUAAACUGGGAGGAAGGUCCGCAUCUGGUUUGGAGGAACUCAUAAUGGGUUGCACAACUGAUAUCAAAGAAGAGUCAUCCAUCACAAACCCACAAGAGGCUGAAUGGUUGAAGUACUCGUCCUUCUGGCCUGACCCUGAUAACCAGGAUCAUCAUGGAUAGGAGCAAAAAAUUUAGACAAACAAACGAAACCUUACAGACAUCAUUAUUAUCAUCAUUAUUAUAGUUCUUGAAGUCUCCGGUGAAGAUCUUUUCAAGAAGAGGCCAAGCAACCAUCUACUAUAGUUUGCUCUUUUUCUUUCUUUUCUAAUGGGGGGUGGGAGGUGGGGGACCUGGUUUAUGACUCUCAAGCUCUCUCAAGUCUCAACUGAAUUAACUGUACAUCUGUCCAUGUCGGAAAGAAAGAGAAAGAACAAAAGGAAAAAGAAGAAAGAAAGAAAGAAAAAAACAAAGAAAAGAAAAGAGAAGAAACCAGGGAAAGGCUGCUCUCUACUGACAAAUAGAAGGAGAACCAAAGACCCAAAGCAAAAUCCGUCCUGCAUGAAAAUCAUCACCGUUAUGAUUACAAUAUCAUCUUUAUGCCUAUCCUAUUCUUAUUAUUUUAUUAUUUCAAGAAUCUUGUAUACUUUCUUUUCAAAGAAAAAUACCAAAGAAUUUGUGCAAAUUGCGACAAUUACUUUGUUAAUUGUGUUGCUUUUAGUCACCUUUUCUAGUAAAAUAUGGAUAUAAGAGGGUUCGCGAUUUUCCUUUAUAUAUAGAAAUGAA